AUGACUGGUUAUACUAUUCUUCAUGUGCUGAGCAAAGGCCAGAGCCCCAGAAUGAAACAAGUACAGACUCUGAGCAAAGCUCCCCUCAUCCUGAGAGUGAACCCACUGCCCCUGGGGUCCAGGCGAUUGGCAAUGACCCCUGUGAUGCUGGCAUUCAUGAGGGAGCUCCCUGGGUGGUUCCUGGUCGCUGGGGUCUUCCUACCCGUGGCUCUGCUGCUGUUCCUUCUCAUCGCCUACUUCAGGAUCAAAUUGCUGGAGGGUCUGGUCAAUGGCCUGAAGAAUGACCUGCCCUUCUCCCUAAGUCUUGUCCCAGCACUGGAGCAGAGCACUCCCACUAGAAGCAGAACCCUCCAAACAGUGAAGAGGCCCCCAGAAUGAUGUAAUGAGCCUCCACUUUCUGUGGUUCUUCUCCGUGGUCCCCUUUUGUUGGCUCUCACUGAAGUGUGCCUGGAGCUUCCGGGCUACAGUUAACGAAGAACUGUCGCAGACUCCCCCAGCAUCAGCACAAACACGAGGCUGGUUCUGACCUGUAUCAGAGGAGGAAAAGAACGUGACCUGGGGACUGACCCACGGCUAAAGCGCAGCAAAUUUCUACUGGGCAGAGAGCAACGGUCAAUGGCUUAGCUCCUAAGAUAAGUUCAUAAACUCAAACAACAGCACAAAGAGAGUACGGAAAAGCUUGUUCCGAACCCCUUUGCAAAGUGGCAGCUGUUACCCUGGGGGACGUCUCCAAGACUCCGUUAAAGAGCAGUUCGUCGGAGAGUACCAAGAAUACAAGAUUUUCUUGGAUGUGCAGUAGGGACUGGACACUUAGCAUCUUUUUAACUUUUAUAAGACUCUGUCUAUUCUGAAGGACACUAUUUUUUAAAUAAAACUCAAGUUAUCCUUAUUACAUAAUCCCAUGGAAGCAUACAUUAUUCUGAUUUUGUUGGUGAAGCAGCUCUGGUAGAGAGCAAAUGUUGGCAAAAGACAAGUACUUUGAGGCCUCUGCGGAUUCCCUCUUUGACAGUAUUCCCACUCCCUCCACCUGCCGCACCACAACUCUUAAAUGACAUCCUUCCAGGCAUCACUUCCGGCCCUGGAUUUGCUACGCUUCCUUUUCCAGCUGCCUCCACAAAUCACAUCACCCUUGUGAUGACCCACAAAACAAGUGGAGUCUCUCCAUACCAAUGAAGGCAGCUUUCAUCAAGAAACGUCUUAGAAAAACUGGCAAUUUGCUGGUGGGCAAAGGGAAGAACAGGACGGUCAUGUAACUCAUACGGAGAAUAGCUCAAGCAUUUGCCUCUAAAACCAAAACAUCAGGGAGCUAUUUCUAAAUAAGGAAAGAAGUCAACAUUUCACUAGCAGAAUUCUUUUUGCAGGGGGAGCCCCAAGGAGCCAACAUAGAUAACCAAAAAGAAACACUUAAUUCAAAGUGGUCAUUAAAAUAGAUUGAGUACUCUUGUGCUCUCCACAGUUUUCUAGUAAAGACCAACAAAAGAUGCUUCCGGUGUCCUAAGCGGGAGUCUGAUGAUAUUCCAGUCUUUGCGUGUGAAUCUAACAGGCUAUUAGCGUGAUUAACUUUAUAAAAUGUAGUGAGUUUGGUCACCUGUAAGAAAUGUACCAACUUCUGUAGUGAUCCAUAAUCUUACGAAAGAUUGUGCGAAUGACCAAAAGCAAGAACGCACCACUGAUGCUGGGUAUUUUCUUAGCUACCUCUCUCCCCACUCCAAACUCUUCACAUGCAUCCAGAGUCAUUAGUCUCUAUUUGCCCUUCUUGCCUCAUGUAAAACUCGGUGUUUGAAGACACUCAUUCUGUGUUUUAUUGAAUUUGAUUACAGUGGAACGGUCUGCUGGGGCUUUCAAAACAGAGGCAAUUUAAAAUAACAGUGUUCGUGCCAUAUGGAAGGAAUAAUAAUAUUCUAUCAGUUCUGGGAGGGAUCUCUUUUUAGCCCCUGAUGGAAAUCAGCUUGUGUAAAAAUGCUUUCUUUAACAGAAGGCGUGAAAGGAUGCAUUGUCUUCCCAGCUGGCCACCAGGGUUGGCUCCACCUUCUUCUGGAAAGAUGGGAGCCUGGCUUUUGGUUCUGGUGGAGGCCAGUCCACCGUCUCUUCCUUCCCAGGGAAAAUGCGUCCCAGCUACGGUGAUAACAGACGAGCUCCACAUACAUGUGCAGUGAUAAGCAUAACCAAGGAGUUCAAAGCAAGAUCCCUUUCUUUUGCUGCUGUUGAGAAUAACUUCCAAUGAAAUCCUGAGCGGAUUCAUAGUUUUUGUAUGUAGAGAGAAACAGAAACAUGUUUUCCCAUGGAAAGGCCAUGCUAUCUGCUUGAAGGCACAGCUACUCCAUCUGUCAUAUCCUUCCCAAAGCUCUGUCAGCUACACUUGCUCUUCAGACGCUCACAGCCCAGGGGAAGAUCUUCUUCCGGCUUGGAUUGCUUCAGCUCCUCUGCACCACUCCUGCCACCUAGACCGGCCACAGUCUCCUUACGCUAGCCUCUAUUCUGCUCCGUCCCGUGCUCCAAAGCCCAGCACCCCAAAAGCAUGCACAACCCCACACCGUCUCACAAUGGCUCCUCAUCUUACUUCUAAUGUUCUAGUACUGAAAGAAUUCCUAACUCUUCCCCACCGUCAAUAUAAUAUUGAGACCGUCAAUAAAAUAAUGCUGUU